CGAGUUUUAGACCGCAUUAAACAUUCUUUUUUACUUUUUCUUUCUCUUUAAAAUCAGUCAUGAUGAAUACAGUAGAGAAUGAACAUGAAUUAAUAGACGUAGAGCUCUGGAAAGCUGCAGCCAAACAGAUCGAUUGGUUUGAGCCUCCUACCUCUGUCUUGGGUCGACGUGACGGACCAAAUCCAUACAUAUGGUUUCCGAAUGGUACGCUUAAUACAUGCUUCAACUGUCUUGACCGUCACUUGCCUUCACUUGCAAAUCAGCCUUGUCUCAUAUACGAUUCGCCUGUGACCAACACAAAGAUGACAUUGACAUACCAGCAAGUGCUCGAUCAGGUCCAGCUGCUGGCUGGUGUCCUACGAUCUCACGGUGUGCACAAGGGUGAUACCGUCUUAAUAUAUAUGCCGAUGGUACCUGAAGCUGUCUUUGGGCUCUUGGCAUGCGCUCGACUUGGUGCGGUCCACAGCGUUGUCUUUGGCGGAUUUGCACCUAAAGAGUUGGCAAAACGAAUAGACGAUUGUCAGCCCAAGGUUGUGUUAACAGCAAGCUGCGGUAUUGAGCCAAAACGCGUCAUUGCCUAUAAGCCCUUGUUAGAAUCUGCAUUAAGUAUGUGCAGAUAUCAAGUGCCUACACGCAUUGUGUAUCAGCGGCCUAACCAGGUGCAGGCAGAACUAAGAAAAGGCGAUUUUGAUUAUUAUCAGGAAAUAGAAAAAGUUCGAGCCCAGAAUAACGCUGUCAAGGAAUGUGUUCCUGUGUUGAGUGAUGAUCCUCUAUACAUUCUUUAUACGAGUGGUACAACAGGGCAGCCAAAGGGCGUCGUUCGCUCUAAUGGUGGAAAUGCUGUUGUGUUACGGUGGUCAACUGAAUAUGUAUUUAACAUAAGAAAAGGCGACACAAUCUUUACUGCAAGUGAUAUUGGAUGGGCCGUCAGUCACAGCUUUACAGUAUAUGGUCCUCUUCUGACAGGAGCAACCACGAUCUUGUACGAAGGUAAACCUAUCGGCACACCCGACGCAGGCGCGUUUUGGCGCUUGGUGUCUGAGUAUGGCGCCAAGACGAUGUUUACAGCGCCUACAGCAAUGCGCGCAAUCGCACGUGAGGAUCCAAAGGGAGAGAUGGCCAAGCGAUACGACCUAAGCAAAUUGACAAGCUUAUUCUUGGCCGGUGAACGAAGUGAUCCUGAGACACUCAAGUGGUGUCAACAGUUGGUUGGGGACCAUUGCACGGUGAUUGAUAACUACUGGAGUACUGAGUUGGGUUCGCCUGUGACAGCCACUUGUGCAGGCGUAGAAAAGAACCCGCGUAAGGCAGUCAAGUGGGGUUCUGCCGGUCGUCAAGUGCCUGGGUCAAUCAUUUGCGUAUUAAAGGAAGAUACAUUAGAAGAGUACAAGGAGCCCAAUAAGUUUGGCAAUAUCGUCUUGAAAUUGCCUCUACCGCCUGGUGCAUUUCCUACAUUAUGGAAGAAUGAUGAAGGGUACAAGAAAAGUUAUUUUGACAAGUUUCCAGGGUACUACGAUACCGGAGACGCAGGCAUGAUUGACAAAGAAGGGUUUGUUCAUAUCAUGUCAAGAACGGACGACAUUAUCAAUGUCGCUGGCCAUCGCUUGUCGACUGGAUCGAUUGAACAAAUCCUCAUCUCCCAUCCUUCUGUAGCCGAGUGUUGUGUGGUUCCAUUAGCGGAUCAAUUAAAGGGUCAUGUGCCCUUGGGUAUCCUUGUACUCAAUCGAGCACAUGAAGAUACGAAGCGACUGAUAAAGGAAUUGAUUGAAGCUACCCGUCGAGAUUUGGGAGCUAUUGCUUGCUUUGAAAAAGCAGUGAUUGUGCCUCGAUUGCCCAAAACAAGAAGCGGAAAGGUGUUGAGAAGAAGUAUUCGUGAAAUGGUAGACGGUAAACCAAUCGUGGUACCAGCAACUAUUGAAGAUGAAAAUACUCUAUUUGAGAUUUAUGAAAUAUUGAAGCACAAUCAAUUGAUUCCAUUUAAACAAAAGACUUCAAAACUUUAAAUAAAGAUGUCCCUAGUUACGACAAGAUCAUCUCUUAGUCUCCAGC